AUGUCAGAUAUAAUAAAAUUUAAAUUAACAAAUGGUGAUAUUUUUGGUAUAUAUCGUCAAACAUUAGAACAAUAUCCGAAUAGUUUUUUAACAAAAUUAAUUAAUAAUGAAAUAAACUCAUCAUUUCAUUCACGUGAUGCUGAUAAUUCAUUUUUAAUUGAUGAAGAUGCAAUGAUAUUUUCUUCAAUUCUAACUUAUUAUCGUUCGGGAGUGUUAACAAUAUUACAUAAUGAACUUCGACAAGCUAUUAUUGAUAAAUACAUGUUACCACAAGUUUAUUCUGCAUCAAUAUCAACAAAAAAUCUUUCAUCUAACGAUGAACCUAUGUAUAUACAUGUUGGUUAUGAACAUUCAUCAUCAACAUCAACACAAACGAAACCGAGUCCUUCACAAAUUCCAGCACUUCAUGGAUGUCCAUUUAUAAUGACACAUACGAAUUCUUUUCGUUCGAAAGAUCCCGUUGAGAUUGCAAAUUAUUUAUCGUGUAAUGGAUAUACAAUCGAUCAAAUCGAUGUAAAUACACGAUCGAUAUUAAUGAAAAAAAAAGAUUAG